AUGCGGCAUGUAAAAGAUCACUUGGCUUGGAGUGCUCUUGGCAAAAUUAAAUUCCUACUGCAGUUUCUCAUCGCAAAGAGCCCAGAAACGACGGAUAACGGCAUGCCUAGACGGUUGCGCACAGCCUACACAAACACACAGCUUCUAGAGUUGGAGAAGGAAUUCCAUUUUAAUAAGUACCUCUGUCGUCCGAGAAGGAUCGAGAUCGCAGCGUCCCUCGACCUCACCGAACGACAAGUCAAAGUAUGGUUCCAGAACAGACGAAUGAAGCACAAGCGACAGACCUUAGUUUCCAAAGGAGACGAUGACAAAGAUAGUGCUGACCGAAACCUCGAUAGUGGUAGUGAUAUCGCAACAGGUGGCGACAGCAAUGAACCUGAUUUAGACAGUGAUCACGGAAUGCCUUCUCGAACGCCUGAGCAUUCCAAUGCAUCAAAAGACUUACUCACUUUAGAUAGUGAUGCCGGCGAAUCGUGUUGUGUACCGUCCCCAGCCAAAUCAGACGCGGUGGUUCAAGAUACUGAUCCGACAUCAACGGCGUCUCUAAAAUCACCUUCAGUGGUCGUGACUGUUACCUCUUGUCCAACAAUGGCAUCACCUUCAACUCUAUCUUUGGAGCGACGGCCAACUCCAAACAAACAGUGUGAUGUCAAUAAUUUGCCAGUUGAGGAAAAUCAUCUGCCCGUAAAUUCCAUAAAUAUAUCCAUGAAUCAUAAUACCAUUUGUGAUAGCAUUUCCUCACAGACAUCUGCACCCAGAUCGUUAUGUAAUUACAAUCCAAGCUCUGAGCCUCCUGUGGUGAAAAUACCUACUCAACGAACAGAGGCAAGAGUACCUACGAUCCCAGUUGCUGGUAUCACAACUUCUCCUGUCCUCCAUAGUAAAAGUCCCACUAUACCAUAUUCCAACUUACCGCAAGAAAACUGCGGAAAUGGUCCCUUACCUUCUUCACCUAAUCACCAAAGACCACGAAUGUAUCCGGGACCAUAUCCUCCUGAUCCAGGAAUUGGUGCAUAUACUCCAACUGGUCAAGUAGCAACAUCACCCGCAACUGGUCCAACAUACUGUUAUAGAACGCCACCGCCUAAUCAGCAUUCUCAACCAUUGCAUAACCAACCGGUGGACAACCCCAGUUACAACAGUCACGUUCAGCAACGAUCAUACAAAGCACCCCAUCAGAACAACAUGCCUUACUACCCUGCGACAGGACAAACGAAUGCACAACAAAAUCCAAAUACCCAUCACCUUCCGAACUCAUGUCAUUCGCAUCAAAAUGACGUAUAUGGCGUCCAACAACGAAAUACGCAAUUACCCGAACAGCCAAUGAUGUCUCAGCAUCAACAUUAUCACCGAAACUCAACUCACCAGCCCCAGCAACAUCAAAGUAAUUACGGCUUCUCAACAGAACAAAGUAACACUGCUUAUCCAAUAAACGAUUAUAACCACUCGCGAGGAUACGAAAAUUACCACCAUCCUCAGCAAGAAAUGAGUAUGAAUAACGAUUACAUGACUUCUGUUCCUUCUAGCAACCAAGCAAGCAAUAAUGUCGGGAAUAAUGGGUACUGCUAUCCAUCAUAUCGUUCAGAAGGAUAUGGUGACACUAAUACUAUGAUUUCUCACUCAAAUGACAUGCAUGGCAUGUUCUAUGACAUGAAUAGUGCAAAUACUGAAGAGUCGAGUCCCUCUUAUCUCUCUUCUCAACCCAAAACAAACUUAUCACAAGAUUCUGGUUACUACGAACUCCAAAAUUCGGUUCAAGAAGGUGCUGUCAUUCCAGAGUUCGUAGAAACACAGGAACGGUUCAAUAGCCAAGCGGAUGACUUCAACUACAGCUGUUUUAACGAAUCUGAUUGUUAUUCAACGAACAAUACCUGUGGGACGAAUGACUUUAAUUUCUUAAAUAUUGCAAAUGAUUACUGCAGUCCGGAGUAUUAUCAAUUAAGCUGA